AUGAAUCUCCCUUCUCAGCAGACAAACCAAGACCAACAAAUCAUCUUUGAUGGAGACAGCCAUAUCACUAUCACCGGUAUCUCACAAAGCGUGAAGAUCAAUAGUCUAACAAGGGUAGCAAUCAUUGAGCAAAAGACCAAUAAUUUAUCAUGGAAAACAAUCUGGAACUACAACAGGGGGGUCAUUGCAACCAAAGUCACGCAACAGAACACCUGCUACAUUUCUGUAAUGAACAGAAAUGAGAUGCCCAGCUUUGAUAAUCUGGCCCACCUGGCACAGGAGAGCAGGAACCUGAUUGGUCUUGGAAGACCUACCAAGGAGAUCACCUUUGUCACCGGUGGAUUGGUCAACAACCUCAACUCUUAUGGAAUAGACAUCACUGCUAUGUGCAGCGGACUCACCACCUACAUGGCUUACGAAGUUCACAGACUCCAAGUGAAUCUGGGAUCGUGCAUUACACUCAAUGUCCUGCGAGUUCUGGAUCUGAAGUACUGCCAGGGCAAUGGAAAUUGGAAUGGCAAUGGCAAUUGGAAUGGCAAUGGCAUUUGGAAUGGCAGUUGGAAUGGCAAUUGGAACGGCAAUUGGAAUGGAAAUGGCAAUUUCCCGUCUCAGCAGAUUCCAGGCAUUAUCCUCAACAACACGCAAGGCAGCAUCUCCAACAACACGCAAGUCAUCAUUGGUGGCCAGUCCCAAAUUGUGACCAUCAACAGGCAAUGGCGCGUGGCAAUUAUUGAGAAAACGACUGGCAGUGGGUCCUGGAAAACCAUCUGGAACUACAACAAGGGCGUCAUUGCAACCAAAGUCAUGGAACAGAACGCCUGCUACAUUUCCAUCAUGAACAGAAACGAGAUGCCCCGCUUUGAUAAUCUGGCCCGCCUGGCACAGGAGAGCAGGAACCUGAUUGGUCUUGGAAGACCUACCAAGAAGAUCACCUUUGUCACCAAUGGAUUGGUCAACAACCUCAACUCCUAUGGAAUAGACAUCACUGCUAUGUGCAGCGGACUCACCACCUACAUGGCUUACGAAGUUCACACAUUCCAAGGACCCCAGGUGGAUCUGGGAUCAUGCAUUACCCUUGAUGUCCUGAGAGUUGUUGAGCUGAAGUACUGCCAGGGCAGUGGAAAUUGGAAUGGCAAUUGGAAUGGCAACGGCAAUUGGAACGGCAAUUGGAACGGCAACAACAAUUGGAAUGGCAUUUGGAAUGGCAACAACGGCAAUUGGAAUGGCAUUUGGAAUGGCAACAAUGGCAAUUGGAAUGGCAACAACAACUGGAAUGGAAAUUGGAACGGUAAUAAUGGCAAUUGGAACGGCAACUGGAAUGGCAACUGGAAUGGCAAUUGGAACGGCAAUUGGAAUGGCAAUUGGAAUGGAAAUGGCAAUUUCCCGUCUCAGCAGAUUCCAGACAUCCUCCUCAACAACACGCAAGUCAUCGUUGGUGGCCAGUCCCAGAUUGUGACCAUCAACAGGCAAUGGCGCGUGGCAGUCAUUGAGAAAAAGAGCUUCAGCGGGUCCUGGAAAACCAUCUGGAACUACAACACGGGCGUCAUUGCAACCAAAGUCAUGGAACAGAACGCCUGCUACAUUUCCAUCAUGAACAGAAACGAGAUGCCCCGCUUUGAUAAUCUGGCCCGCCUGGCACAGGAGAGCAGGAACCUGAUUGGUCUUGGAAGACCUACCAAGGAGAUCACCUUUGUCACCGGUGGAUUGGUCAACAACCUCAACUCCUAUGGAAUAGACAUCACUGCUAUGUGCAGCGGACUCACCACCUACAUGGCUUACGAAGUUCACACAUUCCAAGGACCCCAGGUGAAUCUGGCAUCCUGCAUUACCCUCGAUGUCCUGAGAGUUGUGGAGCUGAAGUACUGCCAGGGCAAUGGCACUACCAAUUUCCCGUCUCAGCAGAUUCCAGGCAUCCUCCUCAACAACACGCAAGUCAUCGUUGGUGGCCAGUCCCAGAUUGUGACCAUCAACAGGCAAUGGCGCGUGGCAGUCAUUGAGAAAAAGAGCUUCAGCGGGUCCUGGAAAACCAUCUGGAACUACAACGCGGGCGUCAUUGCAACCAAAGUCUCACAACAGAACGCCUGCUACAUUUCCAUCAUGAACAGAAAUGAGAUGCCCCGCUUUGAUAAUCUGGCCCGCCUGGCACAGGAGAGCAGGAACCUGAUUGGUCUUGGAAGACCUACCAAGAAGAUCACCUUUGUCACCAAUGGAUUGGUCAACAACCUCUACUCCUAUGGAAUAGACAUCACUGCUAUGUGCAGCGGACUCACCACCUACAUGGCUUACGAAGUUCACAGACCCCAGGUGAAUCUGGGAUCAUGCAUUACCCUUGAUGUCCUGAGAGUUGUGGAGCUGAAGUACUGCCAGGGCAACGGCAAUUGGAAUGGCAAUUGGAAUGGCAACGGCAAUUGGAACGGCAACAACAAUUGGAACGGCAUUUGGAAUGGCAACAACGGCAAUUGGAAUGGCAAUUGGAAUGGCAUUUGGAAUGGCAACAAUGGCAAUUGGAAUGGCAAUAAUGGCAAUUGGAAUGGCAUUUGGAAUGGCAACUGGAACGGCAAUAAUGGCAAUUGGAACGGCAACUGGAAUGGCAACUGGAAUGGCAACUGGAAUGGCAAUUGGAACGGCAAUUGGAAUGGAAAUGGCAAUUUCCCGUCUCAGCAGAUUCCAGGCAUCCUCCUCAACAACACGCAAGUCAUCGUUGGUGGCCAGUCCCAGAUUGUGACCAUCAACAGGCAAUGGCGCGUGGCAGUCAUUGAGCAAAAGAGCUUCAGCGGGUCCUGGAAAACCAUCUGGAACUACAACACGGGCGUCAUUGCAACCAAAGUCAUGGAACAGAACGCCUGCUACAUUUCCAUCAUGAACAGAAACGAGAUGCCCCGCUUUGAUAAUCUGGCCCGCCUGGCACAGGAGAGCAGGAACCUGAUUGGUCUUGGAAGACCUACCAAGGAGAUCACCUUUGUCACCGGUGGAUUGGUCAACAACCUCAACUCCUAUGGAAUAGACAUCACUGCUAUGUGCAGCGGACUCACCACCUACAUGGCUUACGAAGUUCACACAUUCCAAGGACCCCAGGUGAAUCUGGCAUCCUGCAUUACCCUCGAUGUCCUGAGAGUUGUGGAGCUGAAGUACUGCCAGGGCAAUGGCACUACCAAUUUCCCGUCUCAGCAGAUUCCAGACAUCCUCCUCAACAACACGCAAGUCAUCGUUGGUGGCCAGUCCCAGAUUGUGACCAUCAACAGGCAAUGGCGCGUGGCAGUCAUUGAGAAAAAGAGCUUCAGCGGGUCCUGGAAAACCAUCUGGAACUACAACGCGGGCGUCAUUGCAACCAAAGUCUCACAACAGAACGCCUGCUACAUUUCCAUCAUGAACAGAAAUGAGAUGCCCCGCUUUGAUAAUCUGGCCCGCCUGGCACAGGAGAGCAGGAACCUGAUUGGUCUUGGAAGGCCUACCAAGAAGAUCACCUUUGUCACCAAUGGAUUGGUCAACAACCUCUACUCCUAUGGAAUAGACAUCACUGCUAUGUGCAGCGGACUCACCACCUACAUGGCUUACGAAGUUCACACAUUCCAAGGACCCCAGGUGAAUCUGGGAUCAUGCAUUACCCUUGAUGUCCUGAGAGUUGUGGAGCUGAAGUACUGCCAGGGCAACGGCAAGUCUCAGCAGAUUCCAGGCAUCCUCCUCAACAACACGCAAGUCAUCGUUGGUGGCCAGUCCCAGAUUGUGACCAUCAACAGGCAAUGGCGCGUGGCAGUCAUUGAGCAAAAGAGCUUCAGCGGGUCCUGGAAAACCAUCUGGAACUACAACACGGGCGUCAUUGCAACCAAAGUCAUGGAACAGAACGCCUGCUACAUUUCCAUCAUGAACAGAAACGAGAUGCCCCGCUUUGAUAAUCUGGCCCGCCUGGCACAGGAGAGCAGGAACCUGAUUGGUCUUGGAAGACCUACCAAGGAGAUCACCUUUGUCACCGGUGGAUUGGUCAACAACCUCAACUCCUACGGAAUAGACAUCACUGCUAUGUGCAGCGGACUCACCACCUACAUGGCUUACGAAGUUCACAGACCCCAGGUGAAUCUGGCAUCCUGCAUUACCCUCGAUGUCCUGAGAGUUGUGGAGCUGAAGUACUGCCAGGGCAAUGGCACUACCAAUUUCCCGUCUCAGCAGAUUCCAGGCAUCCUCCUCAACAACACGCAAGUCAUCGUUGGUGGCCAGUCCCAGAUUGUGACCAUCAACAGGCAAUGGCGAGUGGCAGUCAUUGAGAAAAAGAGCUUCAGCGGGUCCUGGAAAACCAUCUGGAACUACAACGCGGGCAUCAUUGCAACCAAAGUCUCACAACAGAACGCCUGCUACAUUUCCAUCAUGAACAGAAAUGAGAUGCCCCGCUUUGAUAAUCUGGCCCGCCUGGCACAGGAGAGCAGGAACCUGAUUGGUCUUGGAAGACCUACCAAGAAGAUCACCUUUGUCACCAAUGGAUUGGUCAACAACCUCUACUCCUAUGGAAUAGACAUCACUGCUAUGUGCAGCGGACUCACCACCUACAUGGCUUACGAAGUUCACACAUUCCAAGGACCCCAAGUGAAUCUGGGAUCAUGCAUUACCCUCGAUGUCCUGAGAGUUGUGGAGCUGAAGUACUGCCAGGGCAACGGCAAGUCUCAGCAGAUUCCAGGCAUCCUCCUCAACAACACGCAAGUCAUCGUUGGUGGCCAGUCCCAGAUUGUGACCAUCAACAGGCAAUGGCGCGUGGCAGUCAUUGAGCAAAAGAGCUUCAGCGGGUCCUGGAAAACCAUCUGGAACUACAACACGGGCGUCAUUGCAACCAAAGUCAUGGAACAGAACGCCUGCUACAUUUCCAUCAUGAACAGAAAUGAGAUGCCCCGCUUUGAUAAUCUGGCCCGCCUGGCACAGGAGAGCAGGAACCUGAUUGGUCUUGGAAGACCUACCAAGGAGAUCACCUUUGUCACCGGUGGAUUGGUCAACAACCUCAACUCCUACGGAAUAGACAUCACUGCUAUGUGCAGCGGACUCACCACCUACAUGGCUUACGAAGUUCACAGACCCCAGGUGAAUCUGGCAUCCUGCAUUACCCUCGAUGUCCUGAGAGUUGUGGAGCUGAAGUACUGCCAGGGCAAUGGCACUACCAAUUUCCCGUCUCAGCAGAUUCCAGGCAUCCUCCUCAACAACACGCAAGUCAUCGUUGGUGGCCAGUCCCAGAUUGUGACCAUCAACAGGCAAUGGCGAGUGGCAGUCAUUGAGAAAAAGAGCUUCAGCGGGUCCUGGAAAACCAUCUGGAACUACAACGCGGGCAUCAUUGCAACCAAAGUCUCACAACAGAACGCCUGCUACAUUUCCAUCAUGAACAGAAAUGAGAUGCCCCGCUUUGAUAAUCUGGCCCGCCUGGCACAGGAGAGCAGGAACCUGAUUGGUCUUGGAAGACCUACCAAGAAGAUCACCUUUGUCACCAAUGGAUUGGUCAACAACCUCUACUCCUAUGGAAUAGACAUCACUGCUAUGUGCAGCGGACUCACCACCUACAUGGCUUACGAAGUUCACACAUUCCAAGGACCCCAAGUGAAUCUGGGAUCAUGCAUUACCCUCGAUGUCCUGAGAGUUGUGGAGCUGAAGUACUGCCAGGGCAACGGCAAGUCUCAGCAGAUUCCAGGCAUCCUCCUCAACAACACGCAAGUCAUCGUUGGUGGCCAGUCCCAGAUUGUGACCAUCAACAGGCAAUGGCGCGUGGCAGUCAUUGAGCAAAAGAGCUUCAGCGGGUCCUGGAAAACCAUCUGGAACUACAACACGGGCGUCAUUGCAACCAAAGUCAUGGAACAGAACGCCUGCUACAUUUCCAUCAUGAACAGAAACGAGAUGCCCCGCUUUGAUAAUCUGGCCCGCCUGGCACAGGAGAGCAGGAACCUGAUUGGUCUUGGAAGACCUACCAAGGAGAUCACCUUUGUCACCGGUGGAUUGGUCAACAACCUCAACUCCUACGGAAUAGACAUCACUGCUAUGUGCAGCGGACUCACCACCUACAUGGCUUACGAAGUUCACAGACCCCAGGUGAAUCUGGCAUCCUGCAUUACCCUCGAUGUCCUGAGAGUUGUGGAGCUGAAGUACUGCCAGGGCAAUGGCACUACCAAUUUCCCGUCUCAGCAGAUUCCAGGCAUCCUCCUCAACAACACGCAAGUCAUCGUUGGUGGCCAGUCCCAGAUUGUGACCAUCAACAGGCAAUGGCGAGUGGCAGUCAUUGAGAAAAAGAGCUUCAGCGGGUCCUGGAAAACCAUCUGGAACUACAACGCGGGCGUCAUUGCAACCAAAGUCUCACAACAGAACGCCUGCUACAUUUCCAUCAUGAACAGAAACGAGAUGCCCCGCUUUGAUAAUCUGGCCCGCCUGGCACAGGAGAGCAGGAACCUGAUUGGUCUUGGAAGACCUACCAAGAAGAUCACCUUUGUCACCAAUGGAUUGGUCAACAACCUCUACUCCUAUGGAAUAGACAUCACUGCUAUGUGCAGCGGACUCACCACCUACAUGGCUUACGAAGUUCACACAUUCCAAGGACCCCAGGUGAAUCUGGGAUCAUGCAUUACCCUCGAUGUCCUGAGAGUUGUGGAGCUGAAGUACUGCCAGGGCAACGGCAAGUCUCAGCAGAUUCCAGGCAUCCUCCUCAACAACACGCAAGUCAUCGUUGGUGGCCAGUCCCAGAUUGUGACCAUCAACAGGCAAUGGCGCGUGGCAGUCAUUGAGCAAAAGAGCUUCAGCGGGUCCUGGAAAACCAUCUGGAACUACAACACGGGCGUCAUUGCAACCAAAGUCAUGGAACAGAACGCCUGCUACAUUUCCAUCAUGAACAGAAAUGAGAUGCCCCGCUUUGAUAAUCUGGCCCGCCUGGCACAGGAGAGCAGGAACCUGAUUGGUCUUGGAAGACCUACCAAGGAGAUCACCUUUGUCACCGGUGGAUUGGUCAACAACCUCAACUCCUAUGGAAUAGACAUCACUGCUAUGUGCAGCGGACUCACCACCUACAUGGCUUACGAAGUUCACAGACCCCAGGUGAAUCUGGCAUCCUGCAUUACCCUCGAUGUCCUGAGAGUUGUGGAGCUGAAGUACUGCCAGGGCAAUGGCACUACCAAUUUCCCGUCUCAGCAGAUUCCAGGCAUCCUCCUCAACAACACGCAAGUCAUCGUUGGUGGCCAGUCCCAGAUUGUGACCAUCAACAGGCAAUGGCGAGUGGCAGUCAUUGAGAAAAAGAGCUUCAGCGGGUCCUGGAAAACCAUCUGGAACUACAACGCGGGCAUCAUUGCAACCAAAGUCUCACAACAGAACGCCUGCUACAUUUCCAUCAUGAACAGAAAUGAGAUGCCCCGCUUUGAUAAUCUGGCCCGCCUGGCACAGGAGAGCAGGAACCUGAUUGGUCUUGGAAGACCUACCAAGAAGAUCACCUUUGUCACCAAUGGAUUGGUCAACAACCUCUACUCCUAUGGAAUAGACAUCACUGCUAUGUGCAGCGGACUCACCACCUACAUGGCUUACGAAGUUCACACAUUCCAAGGACCCCAAGUGAAUCUGGGAUCAUGCAUUACCCUCGAUGUCCUGAGAGUUGUGGAGCUGAAGUACUGCCAGGGCAACGGCAAGUCUCAGCAGAUUCCAGGCAUCCUCCUCAACAACACGCAAGUCAUCGUUGGUGGCCAGUCCCAGAUUGUGACCAUCAACAGGCAAUGGCGCGUGGCAGUCAUUGAGCAAAAGAGCUUCAGCGGGUCCUGGAAAACCAUCUGGAACUACAACACGGGCGUCAUUGCAACCAAAGUCAUGGAACAGAACGCCUGCUACAUUUCCAUCAUGAACAGAAACGAGAUGCCCCGCUUUGAUAAUCUGGCCCGCCUGGCACAGGAGAGCAGGAACCUGAUUGGUCUUGGAAGACCUACCAAGGAGAUCACCUUUGUCACCGGUGGAUUGGUCAACAACCUCAACUCCUACGGAAUAGACAUCACUGCUAUGUGCAGCGGACUCACCACCUACAUGGCUUACGAAGUUCACAGACCCCAGGUGAAUCUGGCAUCCUGCAUUACCCUCGAUGUCCUGAGAGUUGUGGAGCUGAAGUACUGCCAGGGCAAUGGCACUACCAAUUUCCCGUCUCAGCAGAUUCCAGGCAUCCUCCUCAACAACACGCAAGUCAUCGUUGGUGGCCAGUCCCAGAUUGUGACCAUCAACAGGCAAUGGCGAGUGGCAGUCAUUGAGAAAAAGAGCUUCAGCGGGUCCUGGAAAACCAUCUGGAACUACAACGCGGGCGUCAUUGCAACCAAAGUCUCACAACAGAACGCCUGCUACAUUUCCAUCAUGAACAGAAACGAGAUGCCCCGCUUUGAUAAUCUGGCCCGCCUGGCACAGGAGAGCAGGAACCUGAUUGGUCUUGGAAGACCUACCAAGAAGAUCACCUUUGUCACCAAUGGAUUGGUCAACAACCUCUACUCCUAUGGAAUAGACAUCACUGCUAUGUGCAGCGGACUCACCACCUACAUGGCUUACGAAGUUCACACAUUCCAAGGACCCCAGGUGAAUCUGGGAUCAUGCAUUACCCUCGAUGUCCUGAGAGUUGUGGAGCUGAAGUACUGCCAGGGCAACGGCAAGUCUCAGCAGAUUCCAGGCAUCCUCCUCAACAACACGCAAGUCAUCGUUGGUGGCCAGUCCCAGAUUGUGACCAUCAACAGGCAAUGGCGCGUGGCAGUCAUUGAGCAAAAGAGCUUCAGCGGGUCCUGGAAAACCAUCUGGAACUACAACACGGGCGUCAUUGCAACCAAAGUCAUGGAACAGAACGCCUGCUACAUUUCCAUCAUGAACAGAAAUGAGAUGCCCCGCUUUGAUAAUCUGGCCCGCCUGGCACAGGAGAGCAGGAACCUGAUUGGUCUUGGAAGACCUACCAAGGAGAUCACCUUUGUCACCGGUGGAUUGGUCAACAACCUCAACUCCUAUGGAAUAGACAUCACUGCUAUGUGCAGCGGACUCACCACCUACAUGGCUUACGAAGUUCACAGACCCCAGGUGAAUCUGGCAUCCUGCAUUACCCUCGAUGUCCUGAGAGUUGUGGAGCUGAAGUACUGCCAGGGCAAUGGCACUACCAAUUUCCCGUCUCAGCAGAUUCCAGGCAUCCUCCUCAACAACACGCAAGUCAUCGUUGGUGGCCAGUCCCAGAUUGUGACCAUCAACAGGCAAUGGCGCGUGGCAGUCAUUGAGAAAAAGAGCUUCAGCGGGUCCUGGAAAACCAUCUGGAACUACAACGCGGGCAUCAUUGCAACCAAAGUCUCACAACAGAAUGCCUGCUACAUUUCCAUCAUGAACAGAAAUGAGAUGCCCCGCUUUGAUAAUCUGGCCCGCCUGGCACAGGAGAGCAGGAACCUGAUUGGUCUUGGAAGACCUACCAAGAAGAUCACCUUUGUCACCAAUGGAUUGGUCAACAACCUCUACUCCUAUGGAAUAGACAUCACUGCUAUGUGCAGCGGACUCACCACCUACAUGGCUUACGAAGUUCACACAUUCCAAGGACCCCAAGUGAAUCUGGGAUCAUGCAUUACCCUCGAUGUCCUGAGAGUUGUGGAGCUGAAGUACUGCCAGGGCAACGGCAAUUGGAACGGCAAUUGGAAUGGCAACGGCAAUUGGAACGGCAAUUGGAACGGCAACAACAAUUGGAACGGCAUUUGGAAUGGCAACAACGGCAAUUGGAAUGGCAAUUGGAAUGGCAUUUGGAAUGGCAACAAUGGCAAUUGGAAUGGCAAUAAUGGCAAUUGGAAUGGCAUUUGGAAUGGCAACUGGAAUGGCAAUAAUGGCAAUUGGAACGGACACUGGAAUGGCAAGUGGAAUGGCAUUUGGAAUGGCAACAAUGGCAAUUGGAAUGGCAAUAAUGGCAAUUGGAAUGGCAUUUGGAACGGCAAUAAUGGCAAUUGGAACGGCAACUGGAAUGGCAAAUGGAAUGGCAACUGGAAUGGCAACUGGAAUGGCAAUUGGAACGGCAAUUGGAAUGGAAAUGGCAAUUUCCCGUCUCAGCAGAUUCCAGGCAUCCUCCUCAACAACACGCAAGUCAUCGUUGGUGGCCAGUCCCAGAUUGUGACCAUCAACAGGCAAUGGCGCGUGGCAGUCAUUGAGCAAAAGAGCUUCAGCGGGUCCUGGAAAACCAUCUGGAACUACAACACGGGCGUCAUUGCAACCAAAGUCAUGGAACAGAACGCCUGCUACAUUUCCAUCAUGAACAGAAAUGAGAUGCCCCGCUUUGAUAAUCUGGCCCGCCUGGCACAGGAGAGCAGGAACCUGAUUGGUCUUGGAAGACCUACCAAGGAGAUCACCUUUGUCACCGGUGGAUUGGUCAACAACCUCAACUCCUAUGGAAUAGACAUCACUGCUAUGUGCAGCGGACUCACCACCUACAUGGCUUACGAAGUUCACACAUUCCAAGGACCCCAGGUGAAUCUGGCAUCCUGCAUUACCCUCGAUGUCCUGAGAGUUGUGGAGCUGAAGUACUGCCAGGGCAAUGGCACUACCAAUUUCCCGUCUCAGCAGAUUCCAGGCAUCCUCCUCAACAACACGCAAGUCAUCGUUGGUGGCCAGUCCCAGAUUGUGACCAUCAACAGGCAAUGGCGCGUGGCAGUCAUUGAGAAAAAGAGCUUCAGCGGGUCCUGGAAAACCAUCUGGAACUACAACACGGGCGUCAUUGCAACCAAAGUCUCACAACAGAAUGCCUGCUACAUUUCCAUCAUGAACAGAAACGAGAUGCCCCGCUUUGAUAAUCUGGCCCGCCUGGCACAGGAGAGCAGGAACCUGAUUGGUCUUGGAAGACCUACCAAGAAGAUCACCUUUGUCACCAAUGGAUUGGUCAACAACCUCUACUCCUAUGGAAUAGACAUCACUGCUAUGUGCAGCGGACUCACCACCUACAUGGCUUACGAAGUUCACAGACCCCAGGUGAAUCUGGGAUCAUGCAUUACCCUUGAUGUCCUGAGAGUUGUGGAGCUGAAGUACUGCCAGGGCAACGGCAAUUGGAACGGCAAUUGGAAUGGUAACGGCAAUUGGAACGGCAAUUGGAACGGCAACAACAAUUGGAAUGGCAUUUGGAAUGGCAACAACGGCAAUUGGAAUGGCAUUUGGAAUGGCAACAAUGGCAAUUGGAAUGGCAUUUGGAAUGGCAACUGGAAUGGCAAUAAUGGCAAUUGGAACGGCAAGUGGAAUGGCAAUUGGAAUGGCAUUUGGAAUGGUAACAACAAUUGGAAUGGUAUUUGGAAUGGCAACAAUGACAAUUGGAAUGGCAAUUGGAAUGGCAUUUGGAAUGGUAACAAUGACAAUUGGAAUGGUAACAAUGGGAAUUGGAACGGAAACAACGGCAAUUGGAAUGGUAAUGGCAUUUGGAAUGGCGGUUGGAAUGGUAAUUGGAAUGUCAGUGGCAAUUGGAAUGGCAGUUGGAACAGCAAUGGACAGACAGAUAGCAACCAACAAAUCAUUACUGAUGGAGAUUCCCAUAUCUCCAUCUCUGGCGGAGACUCUCAAAUCUCCAUCUCUGGUGUCUCACAAAGCAUAAGCAUCAAUAGUCAAACACAAAAAGCAAUUAUUGAACAAAAGAGCAACCGUUUGUCCUGGAAAACCGUCUGGAACUACAAUAUGGGUGUCAUUGCAACAAAAGUGAUGCAAGAGAGAACAUGUUACAUUUCCACCAUGAACAGGAAUGAGAUGCCCACCUUUUCUGCCCUUGUCAAAGUGGCUGCACAGAGGGGGAACCUGAUUGGUCUUGGAAGACCUACCAGGAAGAUCACCUUUGUCACCAAUGGAUUGGUCAACAACCUCAGUUCUUACGGAGCAGACAUCACUGCUAUGUGCAGUGGACUCACCACCUACAUGGCUUAUGAAGUUCACGGACCCCAAUAUAAUCAACAAUCAUGCAUUGCACUUAAUGUCCUGAGACUUGUGGAGCUGAAGUACUGCAGGGGCAAUGGACAGAUCUGAAAACCUUACCUUUCUUGAGCCGAGAUCCAGCCUUUAGAGCUGCUGCCCAAAUGCUGCCCUGAUGCUGCUCUUCCCUGACAUCUCUUCUUUCAAGAGUUUUGUUCUUGAUGGUUCGGAUGGUGAAACAGAUCAUUUGUUGACUAGAGCUUUCAAUUAAAAACCUUUUGCAUAACCUCUGGCUUGUUUCUUAUUAGUCUACCCUUCAAUCUUCUUGGAAACGUUCAUGGAAACCUUUUCAUUG